AUGUGGUGGUUUUGGCUCUUGGGGUGGUUUCUUACCAUAGUCACUGUAAUUGGAAAUGGAACCGUGAUUUCCUUGAUCAUUGGCAUUCAUCGUUUACACAACACAGCCAACUGGUUAGUGCUUGCCCUUGCCUUCGCAGACUUGUUCGUUGGACUUACGUUUUUUCCUUUACUCUUCGCCAUGAAGAUAGACAGCCUAAACGAUCCCGACCACGAAAAUGUGGAUCCGUUCUUCUUGGUAUCUAGGACAUUCCUUUAUUUCUCGGCUACAAAUCUGUUCGUGAUGAUCGUGGACCGAUACUUCGCAAUUGUUCAUCCAUUGAGGUAUUUGUCGAUAAUGUCGCCAAAGGUGAUCAAAAUUGCUAUCACAAUGGCGUGGAUUUUACCAGCGGCAUUAUUUACCUUGCCCAGAGGCCUACACGUGCGAAAUAGAUAUCUACUUGUUUUUAGAGUUUUUGUCUUCCAAGUUGUUACAGCAAUUGUAUUUGUAUUCGUCGCCUGUCGAAUAUUCUGCAUCUUACGCAAGAUUUCGGAAAGGAGAUCAAAGAUUUUUGCUCAACUCCGUUUUAACCACGCGCCAAAAUAUUCACCUACUGUGCUUAGAUCGAGCAAAGAGAGCAAAGCUGCUGCCAAAAUGACAAUGGCAAUCAUGUUUCUCUUUAUUAUCUGCUACGUCUUCGAGAACUACAAGUGUGUAUGCUUUGUGUUCGAGUUAUGUGAAACCACAGCAUCUCUUGAUAUAGCCAUUGAUUUGCUAUUUUUGAUCAACUCUGCCUCAAACCCAAUAGUGUACGCUUUUCUGAAGAGAGAUGUAAGAGCUGCCUUUCAGAGUCUGUUGGCGCGUAGGAAAGUUCACGUUCAAAACAUUUCAACUGGAAGAGAAAUGACUUCAAGUACGCCCAGCUAG